AUGAUAUGUGAAAUCGUCAUAGUUGGUGGCCUGGUCCUCAUCAGCUACACUAUAUAUCUGAAUUGGUUUAAAGUAGAACGAACGAAGAUCAUCACAAAUGCUCAUCAAGCACACAAAAUACUGAAAUCAUCGAUUUACAGAAGACAUAAAUCUAACCGAUGGCUUAUCGAUACCUUAUUCAUUGUUAAUCCAUUCACAAUCGAGAGUGAAUCUCUUCUCAAAGCGUUCAAAAUUAAGGUGAUAAAUACAUUAUUCCAAUGGAGUACUCAGAACAAAUACGAAGAACUUGUUUCCACAAUAGGAACAUGCAUCGGCCAUCGCUUAGUAUUAUUACAAUCGAACACUAACAAAUUACCUUUAUCAAAACUAGUUAAACAAGUAACACUGGACGCAUUCCUAAGCACCAUUCUUGGUAUCAAUGUGAAUGAAGAUCUACUUACUGAACUGCCCGAUUUGAUUAUUCACCUAUGGAAGAACCGUACUGACACGACUGCUCGGCGUCGUUUGCAGGAACUCUUUUCAGCUAACAAGAAUCACUUUUCUCAAUCAGAAUUUUGGCAACAUCUGCAAACUAUUCUAUCAGAUCACAUGGAUAAUAUUUUGAAAAUAACCAAGAACGACUUCGACGAGAAGGUCUCCAAUCCUUUGAACAUCAUUGUUCCUGGAUGGGAAACAAUGUGGCGUGUUGUAUUCUAUUCAUUACUAGAACUACUCCGUCGUCCAGAUUUACUAGAAGAACUCCGUACUCAAUUGAAUAAUUUACCAAACUCCCAUCCACUUUUACUCGAAUGGGUAUUGAAAGAGACUCUACGAUUAUAUCCACCAACCAAAAACAUCUAUCGUACAAAUGUACAAACAGAUGAACAAGUAUGCAUCAGCGUCUUAGACAUUCACCGUAAUAAAACUGUCUGGGGAGCGGAUGCGUUGAAUUUUCGCCCAGAACGCUUUCAACGAGAAUUAACUGAUGAACAAAAACUAUGUUAUUUACCCUUCUCAAUUUCCUGUCCUGCAAGACAUAAAUUUGCUUAUACAUUUGCUGGUGCUCUCGUCAGUCAGAUUCUUAAACAUUGUCCGAAGUUAAAUAUUACUGAAGAAUGUUUAUUACCCACUGCCGAUCUUACCUUAGACAUAACUCGUGAUUCAUAUAAUGAUUUAACGAUCACCGUAUAG